CCAUUAGCGCGUUAGCCACAACCUGACAUCUUUGCCUCCGCACGUACUUCAUGGGGAAAGACAAGAAACAUUGUAGUCAUGCGAGAAGGCGCUCUCUUUCUCCAAAGCGUCGUAAAGAACAAGACAAAGAGUUGGCCAUGGAUGAUGAAGAAUCUGAAUGUCGAAAUGAAACGGCGGAAGAAAAGUACGCCAGACGCUUAGCUAGAAAGAAAGCGAAGGAAAAGAAAAGAAGACAGAAGAUGGGUUGGAAUGAUGACUACAUGGGAUACACCAAUGAUGAUAAUCCAUUUGGGGAUGCAAACUUACUGAAGCCGUUUGUGUGGCACAAGAAGCGAGAGAGAGAAGGUGUACGGAAUCUGACUGAAAAGGAGCACACAGAAAGGGAUAGAGCUAGAAUGAUGGAAAACAGGAGAGAACUGGAGAAAGUGAAAAAGAGAAGACAGGAACGAGAAGAGGAACGAGUUGCAAGGGAACAGGAACUUGAGAUGAUUCAGCGAAUGAAGGAAGCUGAACAAUUCAAGGAAUGGGGACAGGAGGAAGAUGAGUUCCAUUUAGAGCAGGCAAAGUUGAGAUCGAAGAUUCGUCUGAGGGAUGGAAGAGCCAAACCCAUUGAUCUGCUUGCCAAGUAUGUUACAGCUGAGGAAGAUGAAAUGGAUAUGGAUAUAGAAAUGAAUGAGCCUUACACAAUUUUAAAUGGACUGUCAGGUACUGACCUUGAAGACUUACUCGAAGACAUCAAAGUUUAUAUGGAUCUGGAACAAGGCAGACAUCUUGACUAUUGGAAGGAUAUCACUGUGGUUUGUGAAAGUGAACUGCACAAGUUACGGAAAGCUGAGUCUUCAAUGAGGACAGGGAGUGAUAGCUAUGACAGACGAGGUGGAAUUCAUAAGGCUGUCGGUCAAGAUGUGUAUAAAGUAUUUCAUGGGAAAACUUACUUUCAACUACAAGAGCUGAAAAAGCAAGUAACUAGGAAAAUUCAUUCAGGAGAUGCAGUGGAUGUUGGCUAUUGGGAAUCUUUGCUGCAAGAACUGAAAGGAUAUAUGGCAAAAGCACGCUUGCGUGAGAGACAUCAAGGUUUACUGAAGCACAAACUUGAGCAUCUUAAGACACAAAUACAAGGGGACAACGAUAAUGUUGAUGCUGUUAGGUCUGCUGAAAGAGGGUGUGACAGCCCAAAAUUAAUACCACAUGAGCAGCUUGAGGCACAGGUGGAAGAGGACAAUGAUGAUGAUGAUGAUGAUGAUCAUCAUGAUGAUCAUGAUGAUGAUGAUGACGAUGCUGUUAGCUCAGCUAACGCUGCUGAAAGAGUUUGCUACAGCCCAAAGUUGAUACCGUAUGAGGACCUUGAUGAAAACAGAAUUAUGCUCACAAAUGCAGAAGAAGACCAUUAUCAGCUGGAGAUAGCUCGUCAACACUAUCUGGGGAAAGAAAUUGAUACUACUGCAGCCGAGUCUGACCAGAAAUGCUUGGAAGAGGCACAGCGGGGUUUAGUCGAUGAGGAUGAGAGUACAUUCAAUGUUCAGGUACCUAUUGGGCAGAAGAUGUACUUGUGGCAAGAUAAAUACAGACCUCGCAAGCCUCGUUUCUUCAAUCGUGUGCAUACAGGAUUUGAGUGGAACAAAUACAAUCAGACGCAUUAUGAUGCCGACAAUCCUCCUCCUAAAAUUGUUCAAGGCUACAAAUUCAAUAUUUUUUAUCCUGAUUUGAUUAACAAGAAAGACACUCCUCAAUUUUUUCUGGAUGGAUAUCCCGGAAGUGAAGAUUUCUUAAUCCUGAGAUUUCAUGCAGGACCCCCAUAUGAGGAUAUAGCGUUUAAAGUUGUCAAUCGUGAGUGGGACUAUUCUCAUCAGCAUGGAUUUAGAUGCCAAUACAGUCAAGGAAUCUUUCAGCUGUGGUAUCGUUUUAAAAGAUAUAGAUAUAGGAGGUAGUUUUUGUUUGGUACCCGUGAACAUUUAUAUAUAGUACACAGUGCUUGUUGAGAGGUUUACAUAUUGCAAACAAAAAAAUUGUUAUGUAUGUAUUUGUGAUUGUAUGUGGUGAUGUUUAAGUUGUUGUCAAAUACAAAUCUCAGGCAUAGGUUUGUUGUC